CAGCGGCACCCCCCCCCCCCCCGACUCGUGAUCGUUGACGUAAAUUUUAAAUUUGAUUUUUUUCGAGGGGACCGUCCCAUCUGAAUAAUAUAAUAUUGAGCUAUCCUUCUAAAAAAUAAUCUUGCCGGCAUCUAUGCAUGGAAAUAGAUUGAAUUUACUAACCUGAUUUGUUAUUUUUAAUCAAAAUAUUGAUCUAAAAUUGUUUUUACGGAUUUGCCGGAAGUAGUUAAUCUGUCUAAAUUGAAACCUCAACUAAACGAAAUUACACCGUCGCGCCUUUACUUUUAAUGUAAAUUCCAUAAAUCAGACUGUUUUACUCUUAUUAUACUGUAGUUUUGUACGUAUUUAUACCGAAAAUAGGAUAACAUUUACGUUUGUAUGCACAUCAAUAAUAAUAUUUAACAAAUCCGAUACAAAAUCACAGAGUAAAUUUUGCCAUUUUCUUUCACUUCCCCGAUGCAUCCUGGGUACAGCAUCAUUGCUGCUGAUUGGUUAAUAUUUCAUUACGUCAAUCUUCAGACGCGCGAAUUUUCGAAGAAGAUGGCGGAGAAAACAGACUAUUUAUUGCUACUUUGGGUGGAAGAUUUUACACAAAGUAUCGAGCCUGCCAGGAAUCUUGUCAAUAGAUCUAAAGGAACAUGCCCAGAACUAGGUGAAUUUGUCGUUUGUAGAUUUGGUGCUGGAAAGAAAGCUAAAGAACACGACGCUAUUUGCUUGGGGAUCGGAGCAUCAUUGUCCGAUGCAGAGCUUGUACAAGCUGCCAAAAAGACAGAUAAGUACAUUGAUGAGAAUUUAACCCAAGAUGAGAUUAUAUGUCUAAUCAAGGCAUAUUGGGGUAACAUCGCACGCAACCGAGGUGGUUGCAUUGAAGAUGCCGGGGACAGGGAGACAGACAUGACAGAUGAGCAUUCAUCGAGUGACACAGAUGAUAUGGCUAGUUCGCCAGAAAAUGCCUCAGCCUCUGAAAAUGCCUCAGCCUCUGAGAACACAUCUGCAAAGGCAUCAAGGGAAAAAAUUAAAACCAACCAAGAUGAGCAUUCAUUGAAAGACUUGGAAGAAGAAAAUCCCCCAAACUCUGGGAACAAGUCUGCUAGAACUAUUAGAAGCCUAAAGAGGAGAGUAAAGGACCUCGAGAACCAAGUUGCUGAAAUAAGAAAAGCAAUGCAUAUGGACGAAAAUGACAUUGCUUAUGAUGUUAUUAAGCAUCUACCAGCAAGUGAUGUCCGUUCAGUGACAAAAAAGCUGGUAAGCUAUUUUUUCACAGAAGAAGAGUUGAUACUCCAUAGUGUCACCGGGAAAAAAUCAAGUCGUUCAGAGAGCUCUAGACCCCCACUAGACCAGACUAAUGUUAACAGAGUGCUAACUUUAGUGGAAAGACAUUGUAAGACUUCUCCAAAAAUUACGAAGGAAAAAAUUGCUAACAUUCAAAAGGCAUUACGCUUAAAAAAUAGAAUGUAGAUGCGUAAGACACUUGUAUUUGCAACUUGACAAGACACUUGUAUUUGUAACUUUGUAACUUUCCUGUAGAAGGACACUCAUUUUGUAGUUUGACAGUAUUUGUUAAGAAUAAUAUAAAGCAGUUCUAUGUAACUUCAAUUGAAUUGUUUAUUCUUUAUUCAUAUUUAUUCUUGAGAAACUCAGGGAAAGUGCAAACAUCAGAUAAAAAAUUGAGGUGAUGCAUAAUGAAGCAUUUUCUGAUUACUACCCAUGAUGCAUAUACAUGAAUAACUCAGUAAAAAGAAAUGAGGUAAGUUUUUAUCAUUUAUUCUUUAAAAUAUUUUCAUUCUUAAAAAUCAUAAAGGAAUCCUUGUUUAUUCAUGAAGAAUUUAUUCUUCAUUAUUCUAAAGUGAUAAUAAUAAUCCUGAAUGUUUAUUCAUCUUUAUUCUUGGGAACUCAAUAGUGACUGGAAGUUUGAAAAUUGAAGAAUUACC